UAAUCCCUCAGAUUAAUUUUUCAUGCUUCCAGAUCUGCUCUCAUAACUACAAACGCAUUGACCCCGCGGUAAGGGUUCGCGGGUGGGCGGGGUGAGCAAGUCUCUUAUCAGCAACGAACACUCCCAGCUUACUCCCGUCCUCCUCUUCAAAGGACCAGGGAUUUUUCACCCCCUCUCCUCGUCCCUAUUUUCCCGGUCGAUAGGUACGUACGUAUGUACGUUCGUUCCUCCGUCUAUGCGCGUACGAAAUUCGUUUCCCAAAAAAAUCUGCUCAACUUUAAUUCUAGCUGUUGUAUUCGUUCUCCACCAACUGUGAUUUGAUUUUCUAUGAUUUUGUUUUUGAUCCUUCAUCAGCAGGAUCGGUACAUAUUUCAAGAAAACUGUGCGAAUAUUAUACGGGGAUGAAAACAUUUUCAAAAAUGCCGCACGACGAAGUAAGCUCGCACGAUUAGAUGUAAACUAAACAGUGGUAACUAAAUUAAUAGCGAAUUGUUCAGGUAGGGGGAUGGAUAUCAAAUGCGUGUUGGUAGGUGUCGGUGGCUGCCUCGGGGCGAUAAGGGAAAUUGAUUUAGCCCCCCAACGUCACCCGGUAUUAUUAUAGUUGGCGGUGGUUGACGUUCAUGGGACAGUGCCCGAUUUCGAAAGGCACGCCCCCCCCGUGCCUUUUGGCACACCCUCUACAAUCUCCGAUCUCCACGACCACCCCUGUAUACAUAUACGAGCUGGUAAUGUAUAAAAUACACGUUCAUUUAUAUCGCAAUACAUAUCACGGGAAUGUGACGGAUCCGCAUAGACUCGCUGCUGAUGCGUAACACCUCUCUGGUCUCUCUAACGCGCUAAUUCAAUCGAGGCGACGUUGUAGAACGGGACUUGGGGUUGGAGAUUGCUUACACUUAUACGCUGCAUCGUAAAACCAUACGUUAGGUAUCGGUUUAUUUGGUCGUUCGAUUGUGGGCAGUCGUUUGCCCCGACGGGGUGCGACCCUGUGAAAUUUGGACGGUGCAACGAAUCCUAGCAGAAAUCAGUUUUGCCUCAUCGCUACCGAUUUAUCUGUGCAGGUAUUCUCACGGCGGGCUUCUUGAUUUUGGAAAAUAUUCUGAAAGUUUUCUUUCAAUUUCUCUUGAAAUUUUAGAAACGAUAUGAAGAAAUUUUUACAUCUGGCAGCUCAUUAGAUUAUUGUUAGGAUACAAAUUCAAGCACGCAUAAAUGAAUGUCUGACGCUGCCGCCUCGUAGGGAUGACAUUUUUGGCUAAUCGUAACAUAUAAGUCACUAAAUUCAUUCGAGGGCACGUUCGAGCAAACCCACAAGCUAAUAGUCCUGUGGGAAACCGCAUGAACGUUUCCCCCCCUCCGACCUUUUCUCUUUGGUGAGUUUUACCAUCGUCAAAUUUCAGUAUACUUGUCGAGGUUCAGCUGGGUAGAUAAUAAAUAAAAUACUAUAUGAAUUUUAAACAAUCCGAAGACACCCACCCAUUGAAGUUCCGUAGAAUCUAAAGCAAUAAUUUUAUUGAUCAUUCUAAUGUGGCAAUUUAGUGGCUGAGGUCACACGCAUUAAUUGAAAAUAUCGUGGGGUCCCGCAGAGUUCGAAAAAAGGUCAUCUAGCGCCGUGUUAUACCCGUUUGAAAGCCUGCACCCCAUAUAACCGAAAGUCUAAAAUCGGAUGAAUGAAGUUAUGGUAAUGGGUCGAUUAGGGCUGGAGAUUGCGGGUUAUUUUAUUCGACCGUUUUCUUUUUUUAACGUAACAAAUUCAUGGGGAUACCGUAAUGUAAUAUUUUUUUCGCACGUGCGGCGUGGGGGAGAAAAACCGAUUUAUGUGCACGAACGUUAAAAAAAUCGGGGGUCAUUUCCGAUUCGGUGGUAAAUUUUUGGGGAAAUAUUCGGUCAUUUAUAACCGAAUUUGUUUGUAUUUUGUUAUCAGCGAUGGUCUUCCAGACCGAAGAGCAAAUCUCGUUUCAUGGAAUCAUUUUGAUAUUUCGGUGGCCGUAGAACAACGCAAUUUACAUUUAUAACGUCUAAUUAAACCGGCAAUCCUCCGUGGCAGUUUGAAGAGUCUUCGCGACAAGGCGAUCUAAUUGCUUACAGAUGUUACGAAAACAACAAAAUCUGGACUUUGACAGAAGAGACACAAUAACAGCCGCGUUCGUCGAGUAGGAAACAGCCACGGUUAUCUCCGCUGUUGUCUUUCGGAGAGGAAAAAUAUUUUCCAAGCAUUAACAACUUCAUAAUCUGUUUAUCUGUGUCUGCAGAGCACCGAACGCUUUCUCUGAAGUUCCAAAUCUUUCCGAGCCACGCCCAAUUACCGGGUUCCGAAUACCCAAAGUCCCUGGAGAUUCUCUGGAGCUAACAGUAAACCCGCGUACAGCCUUGACCGCAGAAUUCUCCGAUAGUUGAAAGGAAAAAAAUGGGUUUCCUUCGUCCGACAACUAAAGGAAACUAAAACGAAAUACAACGUUCACUGACGAUCGUAUGAUUAUAUAAUCGCAUAAAAAUCGUCCGAAGUGGUAGGCCGAGAGUCUCACGCAGAUGAUCCUCUAAUGACGCUCCAAUGAGCCCGAUCGUGAUAAUUUUACGAGGAAGAUACCCCCCCGUUAGAAAACAGACCCUCGAAACUGUCACAAUACGCACGUGUCCCCCUGUGUAUCUCCAUAUUAGUUUAGGCGUCGCCACUUGACUGCAGGGGGUCACCGGUAAGCUGCCGAAAUAUCCUAUGCCCGAUUCAUCCCCCUCUCUGAAAGGGCUGCCCAAUUUUUUGUCUUCGUUAACUCUGCGCGUCGCGGGUUCCCCUGCCAACUGCGGGAGGCUUACCAGGGCUAAUUUGACUUUGAUAGGCUGGGAAAGUCGAGGAAAUAUAAAAAAAAGCCGGAGCGAAGGUGCGUGUGGUUUUUUUUUUUUUUCUCUCUUCGAUCGGUUCGCGAUCUCUCGGCCGUAACAAUAAAACUUUAAAAAAUCAUAAAUCGAGGACUCGGAUUUCUCCCUUUACUCAUCAGUGACAUACAUCGUUCCUGUUAUAAAUAUAGAAAUUAUCACUUAUCACUUAUGUCUGAAGCAUUAUUAUGUACGAUUUAUCUGUAUAAAAUGAUAUCAAGCGUGUGUUACGUGCUUGGCUCAUUUCCUUGUUCGAUUUGAUUAUCUACCGCUCCGGGCGUACGAAAUGCUCUCUAUCAGCAUCUAGUUUUCGCGAUUACGAAUUCUCUCCCAAGAACAUGCGAAAAAUAAAAAACAAAUUGAAAAAAACGAAACAAGGAAAAAUGAAUGAACGAACGACGAGAAAUAAAAUCGAGCAGCUCUCGCGAGCCCCUCGAUUUUUGUUCUCGACUUUCGUCUGGUGAAAGAAAAAAAAAAAAAAAAAAUUAAUACAAUUAUUCUCCGAGUAGAUAUGUUCUCGUUUGGUAACGAGCGACACGCACACACAUUCGUUUCGUACAGUGAUUGCGGUUUUACCACCGUGUCCAGAAAUCCCCGAUGAUGAAGCGGGAAGACAAACGUCCAGUUACAGCGGUACUGUUCACCGGAUGCUGUCGUCGAGAGGGCGAAUGGCGCUGGUCCAGAGCCAGUGUCGUAAGGAUCACGCGCGGCUCCACCCACAGGACCACCUACAGGAAUCGCGUCUCCACGCCCCGGAUCGCAAAUUUUAUCCCGUGCCGAUGUUGACGUACGGAAACAGCAACGGAUCAGCUCCGGAUACGGAGAACGGUUCUCCGGCUGACUCGCUGAUCUCCGGAGACGGAGAGAUCGGGGACAUCGGAGACUCACCAGGUACACCCCGGGAUACGGAAGAAGAAGCGGCGUUUUCCGAUGACUUUUACUCGCACGACACGGACGACGAAGAUGAGCACGGAAAGCGACGUCGGGCGACCAGUUCCCUCGACGGUAUUUCUGGGUCUGGCGGGAGUCGUCUGGGCUCCCCGGUUCCUAGGAGCGGUGGCUUGGGGGUCAGAAAACUAUUCACGAACAGCCGCGAACGAUGGAGACAGCAAAACGUGAGCGGAGCUUUCGCCGAACUGCGGAAACUCGUACCUACGCAUCCACCGGAUAAGAAAUUAUCGAAAAAUGAAAUUCUACGAAUGGCGAUCAGAUACAUUCGGCUUCUCAGCAACGUCCUGGACUGGCAGAAGGGUCAGGACCGUAAUGGAAUUCAGCCGAUAUCCUCGCUUCAGUCAUCCAACAAUUCAUCUCUUCUGGAGCCGCGCGUUAAAAGCGAACCUCCGUUUUUCGGCUCACACCAGGGUAAGCCGGGAAGUCCAGGUUUUUUCAAACAGGAAAAAAUCGCGAACGAUUCGACCACCGAAGGUGCAGGCUUCAAAGCGAACAGUUACGGAACCCAACGUCUUCCGGGUCAUUCUUUUCUCACUUGCGACAGAAACGGGAAUAACUUACUGAUGAUUGCUCCGGUGGUGGUCGGCGGUGUAUCCGGAAAUAAUUCAUCGGCGAGAGAAAGAUCGGCGGCGAAUCAUUACAUCGGUGGAAAUGCGCCGGUCGGAUUGAAUUCCGGGACGACAAACGGUGCGAGGCAAAUCGGCUUCGGAAAAUCUUCGCUGGUGAACGGAAACGCGAUUUUGAUCAACGGAAACGGAGCCGCUGCAGGGGCGGGAAUGGUGACAGGAAACGGGCAGGUAAGCGGGGUGAAUUGUACAGGUGGCCCAAAUCGACUUAAGGUCGAAACCGUCGAAGAGGAGCAAACGAAUCAAAGUAAAGGACCUUCUCCGUUGACGCAACACCCCAAUGUGGUUGGAAGGAAGAGGGCAAGGAUCAGUUCGAGUAAGGACUCCGUCGGGUUCCGAACUUCGGACUUCAAGAGUGUUAACAGAAAGUAAAAGGUGAGGGAGAAAUGGAUUUCUCGCGGACAACUAACGAUCAUGUUGUUUCAAAAGGCGCUUCACCCACGAGCCUCUGAUCGUGAGAUUUAUUAACUUGCAACGUUUUAACUUUUGUAUAAAGUUUAUUCAUACCAAUGUAUCAUACCUCGGCGUGCCGUUGAUAUUUAAUAAUUAUAUUUCUCAUUUGUAUGCAUAAAAAAAAAAAAAAAAUGUACAGUA